AUCCUCCCCGUCCGAGUCUCCAGCCGCCGGAAGAGCAGGGCGAGAUGAGCUCCGGGAUGGGGAAGGUGGUGUGCGUCACCGGCGCCUCGGGCUACAUCGCCUCCUGGCUCGUCAAGCUCCUCCUUCACCGCGGCUACACCGUCCGCGCCACCGUCAGGGACACCGCCGACCCCAAGAGAACAUUGCACCUGCAGGCCCUGGAUGGAGCCAAGGACAGGCUCCACUUGUUCAAAGCAAGCUUGUUGGAAGAAGGCUCUUUCGAUGCUGCCGUUGCCGGCUGCGAUUGUGUCUUCCACACGGCCUCUCCCUUUUAUCACAAUGUCAAGGAUCCCAAGGCUGAGUUACUUGACCCAGCUGUCAAUGGAACACUCAAUGUUCUCCGUUCCUGCAAGAAAGCCUCUAUCAAGAGAGUGAUCAUAACGUCGUCCAUGGCUGCUGUUGCCUACAAUGGGAAGCCAAGAACUCCUGAUGUAGUGGUUGAUGAGACAUGGUUUUCAAGUGCAGAGGUCUGUGAAAAGAAUGAGCAAUGGUAUGUGCUAUCCAAGACCCUUGCUGAGGAAGCUGCAUGGAAGUUCGCAAAUGAUAAUGGAUUUGAAAUAGUUACAAUAAACCCAGCAAUGGUCAUCGGUCCCCUGUUGCAGCCUACACUGAAUACUAGCGUAGAAGCAAUAUUGAAGUUUAUAAAUGGUAUGUCUGAUCAUCUUCUACAUAACCCCAAUUUCAGCUUUGGCUGGGUAAAUGUUAAAGAUGUUGCCCUGGCACAUAUCCUUGCAUAUGAAGUUCCUUCGGCAAACGGAAGAUACUGUAUGGUUGAAAGAGUUGCUCACCACUCGGAGAUUGUCAAGAUCAUACACGAAAUGUACCCCAAUUUUCCAGUGCCAGACAAGUGUGCAGAUGACGCACCAUUUGUCCCUAUCUACCAGGUAUCGAAGGACAAGAUAAGAAGUUUGGGUAUGGAGCUGAUUCCCCUGGAGACGAGCCUCAAGGAGACUAUCGAGAGCUUGAGAGAGAAAGGAUUUGUUACUUCUGAGUCAAGCCAUCUAUGAAACCUUCUUUCCUUUGGCGUCACUGGAUGCAUACAUGUUUAUGUACACCUGAAAUAAAUGGAGGCAUAUUGUGCUCUAUGGAUCCGUUGUGUUCUCAUGGAUUCGAGGUUCAAGACGUUCCUCAGAAUGUGGGCAGCCAGGAGCACGCUUAGCAAAUAGAAAGACCCACUACUUAGUGUCGAUGACAUGCUGGUGGACUUCACUCUCUAGUGACAUAUAGUGUGUAUUUCUACAUGAGUUUAUAUGUAUACUAUACUCUAUAGAUAAUUUCUGAAAAUAAUCCAAUUGAGAAGGAAAUGUCUUAAGUGGAAA